UUGUCUACAUUCUAGAGAAAUGGCUAUUCUCAUUCGUACAACAUUAGCAAGAAAUCUUGAUGUAUAGCAACUAAUGUGUUUCAAGGGCGGAUUUGUUCUAUCGAGACUCGUCGCUGCACUGUUUUGUGCUAUAAAAUAACAUGAACUUAAAGGUUGCGUUUUAGUUGGUGUCUAAUUUAUAUGUAACGUUAGUCUUAGUUUUGCUGUUAGCCAGCUACCUAACGUUAGCUGCCAGUUCGCUAGCGCGUUAGCUGCCAAGCCGAGAGACCGAGCCAUCGGUCAUCUAGCUGCUGUUCGUUAGAGUCUGUUAAUGAGAAAUAAAUAGGACAUCAUACCAAAAGAGAAUUGUCUUUUUGUUUCAUUAGAAGAUAAUUGGCCGGGUUAAUUGACCCGCUCCUAAAUGCCCGAACAAGGCCCUAGGAUGAAUGGGUUUUCUCUCGGCGAACUAUGCUGGCUGUUCUGUUGUCCGCCUUGUCCGAGUCGCAUCGCGUCCAAGCUAGCUUUCCUCCCACCGGAGCCCACGUACUCUGUGCACGCCGAUGCUAACGGGGUAACUAGCUUACAUUUAACCGAACGGGCGGACUGGCAGUACUCUCAGCGAGAGCUCGAUGCAGUGGAAGUGUUUACCACCAGAAGCAGUCGGGGUAACCGGGUUGGGUGUAUGUUUGUGCGUUGCGCCCCGAACAGUCGGUACACGCUGCUGUUUUCCCACGGUAACGCCGUGGACCUUGGGCAGAUGUGCAGUUUUUACAUCGGCCUCGGCUCCAGGAUCAACUGCAACGUGUUCUCCUACGAUUACUCAGGCUACGGAGUCAGCACCGGCAAGCCCUCUGAGAAGAACCUGUAUGCGGACAUCGAGGCGGCCUGGCAGGUCCUGAGAAACAAGUAUGGUGUACCACCUGAGAACAUCAUCCUGUACGGUCAGAGUAUCGGCACUGUGCCCACUAUCGACCUGGCUGCUCGCUAUGAAUGUGCUGCUGUCAUCCUCCACUCCCCACUCAUGUCAGGGCUACGGGUGGCCUUCCCCGAUACACGCAAGACCUACUGCUUUGAUGCCUUCCCCAGUAUUGACAAGGUGUCCAAAGUGGCGUCUCCAGUGCUUGUGAUCCACGGCACGGAAGACGAGGUGAUUGAUUUCUCCCACGGCCUGGCCAUGUACGAGCGCUGCCCCCGUGCCGUCGAGCCCCUGUGGGUUGAGGGAGCCGGCCACAACGACAUUGAACUGUACGCCCAGUACCUGGAGAGACUCAAGCAGUUCAUCUCCUUUGAGCUUCCCACAUCCUGAGGGGAGCUCAGCACUCACAGGCCAGGGUUCAUCUCAACACAGAAGCCGCCUCCUUAUCAUCUCCUAACUUCCUCUCUUAGCAUAGGGGCAGGCGUGGAGUCAGCUCAUCACUGUUCUGCCCUGUCCUCGGAGCCAUUUCAGGGUGGAAAUGUGUAGUGGACCGGAAGAGGAGGGGGGUUUAGAUUGUUGAGGUGCAGCCGAGAGUCAGUGGCCAUCACUGGCCAGGAGUGAAGCUUUGGCUUAACGUACUGUCCCCAAAAACCUGGCUGGUGCUUCUACACGUGGACACAGUUUGCCAAUGAGCCAAGGCCUAGGCAGCGUUUGCACUCGCAGCUCAGUCUGGAUUAAUUUCUCAACUCCAGCUCUCCUUCCCUUCCUCUACUCACUCCGUCUCCCUGAGCUUUUUAGUGCCAGUGUCUCUCACUGUCAUCUUCUGUCACAUUUCCUCCUCCUUCUUUUCCUCUGUUUCGCCCACAAUCCUUGCUUUUCUUUUGACCAAGUCUGCAAUGUUGAAGCUUGAUUUUUGUAUUCUUUUAUACCAGGUGAAGAAGUAUCAAUUUUGCACCUUGAGAUACACUUGAAGUUUUUUACUUUUUCUGUAUUUUUAAGUUAACAUUCAGGGGUUACAAACCGAUUGCACUUUUAAUGUGCAGAUAUUUUCAGGUAAUGAUUUUUUUCUGUUUGGAUAUGUAUAUGUUGAUUUAGUUUAUCUGCAUUCCAUGUUUUUCUUAAUUGCAGGUAGAACUUUUUUCAGUGUGUGUGUGUGUGUGUGUGUUUAGAAGCUGUUAACCCAGAGUGCACCCCUGCACAUCUGGCCUUUGUAGCUGUGAUCUUUCUAGUCCUCAUGCAUGCUACUCUCUCAUACAGGAAGACAAUAAUGCCAAACUUUGUUGAGAAAUCGCAAUUUACAAAAUGCCUGGCACACUGGUGCAAUACUGUAAGAAAAUGACUCAAGUCCUUGAAUACUUUGGAGCCAGUGGUAAAUUCACCAUACAGACAACACUUUCAUUACUUACAGAUUUUGCCUAUUCACAAUAAUUGUACAGAUGGUACACUUUGAAAGGCUGUGGUAAAGAGCAAUGUGAACCUGAAGUGUUUAUUAAAAUACAUUGUGAUUGGUGGAACAUCUAUAUGCAAAAUCUAAUGCUGAAUUUACCAGAGGACCCCAACGAUUUGUGAAAUGCUUUAACAGGUCAUUGAGUAAACAGAUUUUAUCAACCUAUGUUGCAUACUAUAAAAACCCCUCUAGACAUCUGGUGAAGCCAAUGUUGAAGAAAAAAAUUGCCCCAUAACCCACAGUCUAAUUAGCGUGGUCAUUUUGUGCACAUUGUGUAUGGAUCAAAAUUCUCACUUAUCGUUUAUGUAAAUAUUGUAUCACACCAGGUGUGUACCUUGUCACUAAGCAACACACCAAUGAAUAUCCCAAAUGUUUGGUAAUACAGAAGCUUACCUCAGUAGAAGAGAGCCGUGGGUUAACUGGAGAUCAUGUGGUAAUAAGACUUGACAACUGAUUCAAAGAUAAACACAUUUGACUCAGUACCGUAAAGUGAAGCCAUGGAGCACAGGGCUGGAUCUACCUAUAGACCGAAGACACAGAACUUUGCUGUCGCUGGGUGUUAUCAGUCACUUCACACUACAAAUAAAGCCUUAUGUAAACAUUUCACCCAGUCCUGUUGACUACAGCAGAGCUUUGGUGGUCUUCACGGGGACUGAUAACUGCUGCUAUUCAUCAGAGAAGUCAAUCAUAGGGGUGUCACGAUUCUCCAAAUCCAAGAUUCGAUUCAUUUUCUAUACCCGUUUUUUUUAUUUAGACUUUUUUUUCCCCAACAGAGAUGGCCGCAGUGCCACAAUAAGAGCCACAGGAGGGACUUUGCAACAACAGUUUGAGUUUCUCAGAGUUUAUGAGGUGUAAUUGAAUGCACUGUUAGCGUAACAGGGUGCACAUAAAUGACUCAUUGACUCCGGUCUGAGCCAGGCCCCGAGGAACAGUUCUCAGCCUUGCAGCCCCAAAAUGGAUUUUCCCCGAUACGCCACCAUUGUAAAAGAGAAGUCUGUAUAUCUGCGCCAGGACACCUGGAACUGCAAAAGGUUUAUUAUGACUUUCUUUACUGAAUUUUUUAAUCCAUGACUUUUUUUAUUUGAAAAACUUCCCUAUUACAAUGUAAAGUCUAUGGGCCGGGCGGGGCUAGCAGGAGAAACACUACUGCGCAUUUUCAGUGGGCCGCAGAUCACGGAAGUAAACCCAGAAGCUUAGAAAUGUUUUUGGCAUGAGUCAGGCGAGCAACUCUAUUAAACUGAAUAGGCAAUCCAGUAUCCAGUUAAUAUAAUACAUCCAUGGUCGUAGCCCACAUGCCUUACCUUCGUUGUUUGUUUCCAUAACUCCCUUACAGGCAGCUGCAGGCAACCGCUAAGCUAACCUUACCCCGUGUCUUUAGCUGCAUGCUACCAGCCGCUAAGCUAAAGUUACCCUGUGUCUUUAGCUGCAUGCUACCAGCAGCUAAGCUAACGUUACCCCGUGUCUAUAGCUGCAUGCUACUAGCCGGUAAGCUAACAUUGCCCUGUGUCUUUAGCUACAUGCUACCAGCUGGUAAGCUACAGUGUCUGUUUUUUCGCCAAUCCUGCUUUUGAUCUUGAAUCGAAAUCGUGACACCCCAAGUCAAUCACUGUGAAAGCCAGACCGUUUGGGGAAUACUGAAAUGACAGCAAGGUACUAAAACCAAAUUCAGCCUGACAACUCUCAUGUCCUUUUGUCAGCCAUGGGCUACUACCAACACUUGUCUGCUGAGCCCUGUGAUAGUUUUGCUCUUAUCCCAGCUCGAACUCCAAAGACAAUCUGACAGAACCACGAUGGGGAAACGGAAUGCUGUGGAAUUAAGCAACGCAUGCAAAUCACCUCUCAUAGUUGUGGACAUUUGAACUUCUAUCAACUGUAUUUUAAUAAUUUGUUCUUUCCCCUCCUUGCAAAGUCAAACACUAAAAACUGUAGUAAAACACUAAAAUUGUUAAUCACAUUUGGAUAAAACACAAAAAAAUGAAGUAAAUGCUUUUUCCAGAGAAGGGUUGUGUUUGAGGGUUAUUUGUAUAGCAAUUUGUGAUGAUCAUAUGAUUAAUCCGUGUAUUGCUGUAAAGUGGUUUGUCAGUGGAGUAUUCGUGUUUUCUGAUUAUAGCUAAUGCCGGGCCGAUGUUUUUGGAUAAAGAUCCCUCGAUCAUCUUUAGUAUUUUUUUCCUCUAGCUCCUCUUUUUAAAGGGAAUGAAGACCCUGCUUUAGUCUUGAUUAUUGUUUUGAUACUGACAUUUUUUAUGAGGUUUUCCAGUCUAAAUAUGAUCGAUUUACACUGUCUCUGAGGCUGGUUUGUACGAUAAUCCUCUGUAAUGGUAUACUCCAAUAUCUUCUCUCUAAAUAUGAGCUCUUACACAGGGCAGUCUAGUCUCAUUGCUUUUAACACUGGAAUCACAAUAUGCAAAUGAAAGGCAGAUGAAGCUAGUAGAAUCAGAUUUUGGUAAUAUUGUGUAAAGCAGAUUAAAUAAGCCUUAAACAUGCCGUGAAACCGAUUGUCAUACAUGUGGUAGUUGCAAGAAGGCAGCACAGUGGAUGUUUUAAUGAUUAUAACGGAAUAAAGGAUGCAUGGAAGUGUC